CGAAGAUCGUAAAUAACAUAAAAUUACAACAGAUGUUUGUUGUUAAAAAAAAAACCAAAUGUUACGUAAUUCAGUUCAUUCGCAUUUUUCUCCAAUUAAUGCGUUCUAAACGUUUAAUCGGAUCAGGUAUAGCUUUUUGUUCACCAUAAACUAUUAGUACAACUGCAGACGAGCGCAUUCAAUGAUUGUUACCUGUCUGAUCUGCCUACAGUAUAUAGUAGUAUAUAACAAGUCAAUUUUUGCACUGAUAAACACGUGUACCCUAACUUCCUCAUUAUUAUUUUGAAGACCACCUUAAGUGAUUAUGACACAAGCGAUUUUUGCCGAAAAUUUUGAUGUAACUUAAAUGCAACUUGUAAUGCCUCGUACAAGUUCGAAAGUGAUUUUAAUUAUAUUUUACCCUAGUGAAAGUUAUAGCUAACCAAUUCAUGAAAAUCAUUGAUGCAUGAGCUAUUCCUCUGACUCACUGAGAGGAUAUUCGUAGGUUAUCCAAUACGAAAUGAAAGAGCUUCAUCAGUAGCAUGAAGCCACGAGGUUGUUGGAUACCAAUUUUCAUUUUACUGCUAUUGUAUAACAUUGUUGGAAUUAGUCAUUCUACAUCCAAACAAAGAGCUUCCAACAAAAGUAGCAAUUUAUCAAAGCCAUAUCAGGGAUUGUACUUUCAAUACGAUGUCAAUAAUUGUAACUCAUCAACUAAAGGUCAGACUAUCAAGGUUGAGUUUUCUUCGAAGGUAGUCGACAAUGAAUAUAUUAUAACAUUCAAAGGGUAUUAUAAAAAGGAGACUCGUGAGAAUUACAUCAAGGCAGCUCUUAUAUCUGCUGCAAUAGACAAUUGGAAGAUCUUGCCUAGAGAUAAUAUAGCAGCUAAAUACCCAAGUGAUUUUGAUAUAAUACAAAUCAAUGAAAUCCAUAAACAAGAUGGAUUAAAUGCUUUACUUAACCAUCCAUUAAUUCGUAAAAUUACUCCUCAGAAACUAGUUCAAAGAACAUUAAAAUAUAUCGAUAAUGAUGAAGAUAAUACUCCAGAAUACAAAUAUUUUAAGAGAAAAAUACAGAAUGAGAGAAAUCAAUUUUGGCAUCAACCAAAGAGAUAUACAUCAAAAAAACUUUUACGAGCAAUACCUAAACAAAUUACUGGUAUACUACAAGCGCAAGCUCUCUGGAAUCUUGGAGUCACUGGUCAGGGUAUUAAGGUAGCAAUAUUUGAUACUGGACUAGCUGCAAGUCAUCCACACUUUAAAAAAAUAAAAGAACGUACUAACUGGACUAAUGAAAAAACUCUCGAAGAUGGCCUUGGUCAUGGAACAUUUGUUGCUGGUGUUAUUGCUUCUUCUGGAAAAGAAUGUUUAGGGUUUGCUCCUGAUGCUGAACUUUAUAUAUUUAGAGUAUUUACAAAUGCACAGGUUUCUUACACUUCAUGGUUUUUAGAUGCUUUCAAUUAUGCAAUAUUAGCCAAAAUCAUAGUUUUAAAUCUAAGUAUUGGUGGACCAGACUUUAUGGAUCAUCCAUUUGUUGAUAAAGUUUGGGAACUGACUGCUAAUGGUGUUAUAAUGGUUUCUGCUAUUGGUAAUGAUGGGCCACUUUAUGGUACUCUAAAUAACCCUGCUGACCAAAUGGAUGUAAUUGGUGUUGGUGGAAUCAAUUGGGAAGAUCAAAUCGCUAAAUUUUCAUCUCGUGGUAUGACUACAUGGGAACUACCUGCUGGUUAUGGAAGAGUAAAACCUGAUCUUGUUAUUUAUGGAUCUGGAGUUCAUGGCUCAGCUCUUAAAACUGGAUGUAGAACGUUAUCAGGUACGUCAGUUGCAAGCCCAGUAGUUGCUGGAGCUGUUGCAUUGUUGGCAAGUGGUUUUGUUGAUGAAACACAAUCCCCAACACUUGACUAUAAGAUUACUCCAGCAAGUAUGAAACAAGCAUUACUAUCAACUGCUCAACGAUUACCAAAUAUUGGUAUGUUUGAGCAAGGUGCAGGUCGUUUAGAUUUAGUUAGUGCUUUCCAAUACUUGCAAUCAUAUACUCCAAUGGCUACUCUUAGUCCAAGUUAUAUUGAUUUGACUGAAUGUCAAUACAUGUGGCCAUACUGUACUCAAGCAAUAUACUACACUGGAAUGCCUACAAUAGUCAAUGUAACAAUAAUCAAUGGAUUAGGAGUGUCUGGUCAUGUUAUUAAAUUAACGUGGCAUCCUUACACGCGUGAUGGAAAUGGUGAACGAAUCAAUGUUUCCCUAACACACUGUGAUAUUCUUUGGCCUUGGUCUGGUUGGUUGGCAGUCGCUAUUACUGUUUCAAAUUCAUCCAAAGAUUGGCAAGGCAUCGCUCAAGGCCACAUUAGCUUAACUAUAGAAUCGCCACCAAGUAAUGGUGAAAAAGAACCUAGAACUUCAACGGUAAAAUUACCAUUAAAGGCAAAAAUAAUUCCUACGCCUCCUCGCCACAAACGGUUAUUGUGGGAUCAAUAUCAUAAUUUACGGUAUCCAUCAGGAUAUUUCCCUCGAGAUAAUUUGAAAGCCAAAAACGAUCCACUUGACUGGAAUGGAGAUCACAUUCAUACGAAUUUCAAAGACAUGUAUCAACAUUUGCGUAAUGCAGGGUACUACGUUGAGGUAUUAGGAACACCAUUUACAUGUUUUAAUGCUCGUAAUUAUGGAACAUUGCUAAUUGUUGACACUGAAGAAGAAUUUUUCCCUGAUGAGAUUAUCAAAUUAAAAAAAGACGUAGAGGAAGGACUAUCCUUGGUUUUAUUUGGUGAUUGGUACAACGUAACGGUAAUGCGACAAGUUAAGUUUUACGACGAAAAUACUCGACAGUGGUGGGUACCUGACACUGGUGGAGCAAACGUGCCUGCAUUGAACGAUUUAAUAUACGAAAAUUGGGGUAUCGCUCUUGGUGACAGUGUUCGAGAUGGCCAAUUCACUUUAGGCCAACAUCCCCCAGUGACUUUUUCAUCUGGCACUGUUAUCGCACGUUUUCCGAAAGACGGUUUUGUUAUGCACGCAGACUUACGAGAUCAAGGCCAAGAACUCCUUGCAGAAUCUGAAGCAGGUAGCUCGCAAUUCGUACCGAUUUUAGGAUUUUAUAAAACAAAUGAUGCUCAAGACAAUGAAGUUAAAGAAACGAAACCAAGGACUGCAGGAAGAAUAGCUGUAUAUGGAGAUUCAAAUUGUGUUGAUGACAGUCAUUCGCACAAACCUUGUUUCUGGAUGUUAGAUGCUCUGUUGGAAUACGCUAAUACGGGAAAAAUACCAAAUGUUUUUGUAGAAGAGGAAAAUCGACUUAAAAAUAAGAAAAACUUCAUGUCGUUUGAAGCAAUGGAUCUGCCCAAACGCAUGGAAGGAAGCAAUUUAAACAAGCAUAGCAAAGUUUUAGAACCUCCAGGUUCGGAUAAAUAUUAUCGUCCUCUUCCAUCGUGUCCAAUUAUGAAAAUGACUUACUCAGAACCAUUAAAUGAAACUGACCUAGUGAUAUUAUACAAAUCUCAAAAACUGUUGUCCGUUGGAAGUUCCCACGUAGCCGCGGAGUCGAUAUCGCAUGAUCCGGAUUUGUGGCAUCACCGUCGCGGAGGUGGAGUGAAAAUCGAUUCGAUAGUUCCUUACAACGUCUUACCCGAGGAUGAAGUAAAUGACCAAAAGUCCAAUAGUGCUUGGUUGAGUACUGGACGCUUCAAAUACGUUCUAGGUUUAAUUGUUAUCACUGGACUGAUCGGUUUAGCAUUCAAUCGUUGGUGUUGCUGUACGUUGAAACGAUCGCGGAGAAAUCGAGCUGUUAGUCGACUCCAAAGAGCGAUACAGGCCAUUGCUACCAGCAGAAUGUCUAGCGUAUAACUCAGUG